AUGCUACGAGAUACCGUCCUUAGCUUCGAACGUGCCGUAGACCGCAUAUGUAUACGCUCCGGCUUGUUCACCGUCAGAAACUGGCAAUACUGUUGUAUGUUAAGUGGCGCGCUUAGUGGUCUACUCUUACUGUUGGCCAUGAUAUCCUUAGGCGGGUUUCCUCCAAUCCCGCCUUCCUGGGGCGCUGAACAAGUGUACGAGCACUAUCAGAACCAUCAGACUGGAACGGCUGCAGCUGGUUCAAUGAUGAUUAUCGCAGGUGGCCUUUGGAUACCAUGGGGAGCGGUUAUCUCACAGCAACUACGACUCAUCCCUAAUAUUGACCCAACGAUCUGCAAUUUACAGCUGGCGGCAUGUGCAGCAACGGUUUUCAGUCUUAUGAUGCCUGGCUUCUUUUUCUCUCUUAUUGCUUUUCGUGAUUACGGCCUUCAAGUUACGCUAUUCAUCAGCGAUAUCAGCUGGCUCAUAAUAAUUGGCCAAUGGCCGACCUUUUGGAUCCAGGGAUGGACCAUCGCAUGGGCAAUCUUUUCCGAUCGCAGCGCCAAUCCGAUGUUCCCUAAGAUGUUAGGAGCAUGGAAUCUUGUAUCACCAAUCAUUUUCAGCUUCGCCGCAGGCAUUCACACACGGCAUCAUGGUGUUUGGGCAUGGAAUGGGGCUCUCGCCUUCUGGUGCCCGGUGGCUUUUUUUGGGCUUCAGACGGGCAUGGAAAUUUUUUGUAUGCUCCGUAAUAUCAAAGCUAAGCACAUUGAUGGAGAGAGAAUAAUCUACCAAGUGGAAUAG